AUGUAUCCCUGGAGUGAGAGCCUCAACUCUUGGGGUCGUGGAACGGGACUCAAGAUCGAUGCCCUCGGUCUCGUCACGCUCCUCGGAGCGGAGGAGAUGGACCGCAGUAUCGGGCGACUCGUGCCGAGCAUAUACCUCAAAUACCUGCCAUUAUUGGGUGCCUUUGUGAUAGCCGGAAACCGAUUCACCACGAAGAAACCCGGAUUCGUUCUCUACAACAUAUCAGCGGGGAUCAUGACUACCGAGCUUGCCGGCUGGUUUUCGCGAUGGCUCCAGACACAGGACUUCAAACAAGUCCGGAGUAUUGUCACAUGGCACGUCACGGAGCGGCCGCACAGAUGGAGAGAGUUCAUCAUCGGCUUCUUGCUCGUCGGGUUGCCGGUGCACGGGAUGCUCAUCGCCCUGACUGUGUUAGCCGCGGACUGGUGGGGAUUCGCCAAUGUGAUAGCCAUGGUCAUUUCAGUGGCAGUGCGGUGUAUAAUGGUAGCACAAAACCAGGCCGGCAUCGAUGCGAACAUCCAUGAAGCACAGGAAGCACUCCGAGGUUACCCGGCUAAGAGAGCCGAGUAUGACGAGUCAAUGGAGAGACUCGAGAGCCGUCGCCAGAAGGGUCAGGCUAUGGAGGGGGCCAAAAUACCUAUUGAACCUCAAGACCCAAACAAAAUCGCCAAGGUGAUUGUGUUGACAGAGGACUCAAAGGUUGUCACUCUUGCAGUCCCCGCGUAUCUACCGAGAUGGGCAUUUGCAACCAAUCCCCAGCCACCGAACCGAUACAUAUACCAGGCGUGCCAAUGGAUAGGCUGGGCAGCUUUUGCGGUGCAUGUCAUUAGUAUCGGAAUGGCGGCGUUGUACACGCAAAUUGUCUCAGUGGUGGUGAUUCUCGUUUCCACAGUCCUGACGGCUCACAGAAUUGGCUGUGAAGACUCCCAAAUAUGGGAAUCCAUUCGAAGUCACUGGGGCCACGAAGUCCAAGAAAAUAGCUGCUGGGUUAGUUCAAACCUCAAGGCCACAGUAUCUACCUACCCCGAGGAGUAUGUGGAUUGGCCUGAGUUAGAGGGAAAGAAACCCCUUACCGUGCAUGUAGGCAUUGAAGAGAAGAUUGGUCAACAAUGGAUCAGACCGAUAGGUCCAUCCGACUUGGAAUCUACUCCGAUCUCGAAAAAGAAGAAGCCCGAAAGUCGGCAGGACUUACUUGCUUGGUUAGACUUAACAACGGAGGAAGACAAAGUGCUGACCGCUUGGGGGCUCAUACCACAUAGUCUGGAAUGGCAAAAUGCAUAUAGAGAGAAAAAGAACAUACACCGUAGGAGACUUGGGAUGAUAGCAUUGGAAUUCAUCCACUGA